GAACGCAGGACGAACGGUCUCGGGAUUUAGGAAGAGAAAGAUUGUCUGUAAUCGAGGAACCAGUCUCGACUUGCCUACUUCUUUCACCCUUGUUCUUCUUCUGCCAGAAUUCUCUUUCUUUAUUUGUUUUCUUUUUUCUUUUCUUUGAUACUAUUGCAUGGGGUUGCGUGCUUAUUGUGAAAGACUACCUAUUGCUGUUGUAUGUUUCUUUUUCUUUUUUCUUUUAUCUACCGAGAUUUGGAUGGCCUUCUUUUUGUUUCUCUUCUAUCCAUCUAUUUCACAGGUAAAGAUUUAUGACGCUUGCACGAAUUACAGAAGUUUUCUUUUCUUUUCCUUACUUUCUCGGAGUGAUGCGAAAGAGUGGGUGAGAGGUGGUGGUUGGUGGGUGGGCUAGUCUUGACUGGAAAUGUUACUUGAGAUGCUGAGAUGAUGACGAUGUAUAUAUAGAAAAUCCGA